UGAACGGUGCUGCCAGAGUUCAAAUUAUUUUGUGGCAACGCUGCACGUGUUGCAGUUCGAUCUUUACAGUUUUACAUUUAAAAUAAUUUAUUUAUUUAAAUAAAGGCCAAAGCCUGUUGAAUUUGUGCGAUGGCUAUGCUAGCAGAACCUCGACGUCGGAAGCGUUAUAAUUUAUGUCCGCGCGGCAAGGCUUUAUACGAAGAUGAUAACCGCUUUGGAACCAAAAUGUUGGAAAAAAUGGGAUGGUCCAAGGGCCAUGGACUGGGAGCUAAUUUGGAUGGCCAACAGGAAUUUGUAAGAGUUCGAUUUAAGAACGAUGCCGAGGGCUUGGGAUUUGAGGCGCGCGAUGAUCAGUGGACCACGCACGAGGAGGGUUUCAAUGGUCUCCUAAAAGCCCUUAAUGGUGAAGCAAGUGAAGAGGAGAAAGCUGCAGCAGCAUCCGCCUCGGAGGAGGAUGAAUCCAGACCAGCUUUUGGAUUUGGCUUUAAAGCCAAUGAGGCAGCUCCAGCUCCUGCACAAAGGAAGCAACUGAAGGAAAAAAUAAGCGGCGUGUCACUAGAAGAGAGAUCCAAGGAGAGUAAGGCUCGUGUUCACUACAAAAAAUUUACUCGUGGCAAAGACCUGUCGCAAUAUAGUGAAAAAGAUUUGGCAAACAUAUUUGGCAAAAAGGCCACAGAUGACAUAGAAGAGCCAAUAAAAGAGCCCACACCGCCACCUCCUGAGAAGAAGGACACAGAUCCGAAUUUUGCUGGCGUUCAAACUGUCAGUACCGGACUAUCGGUUCACGAUUAUUUCAAACAGAAAAUGGAAGCUUUGAAAAAUCGUACAAAAAAUAAUUCAGAUAACACAUCCCCCAUAAAUGGCAAAGAAGAGCAGAAAGAGGAUGAUAUAGUGGAAGAGGAACCAAUUGAAGAGCUUCCCAAAAAGAAGAAAAAAAAGAAGAAUAAAGAACGGGAAUUAGCUGAAGAUAUAGAGAUAAACGAAGAAGAAGCACUUCCCAAGAAAAAGAAAAAAUCCAAAAAAUCGAAAGAAGAAAAAGAGGAUACUAAAGAAAAUGUCCAAGAAUUAGAUGAUGAAACCACCGUUACUAAGAAGAAGAAAAAGAAAGAAAACAUUGAAAAGGAUGAAGAAAUUAUCCCAGAAGAAUCAACUAAAAGAAAGCAAAAGAAGAGGGAUAAAUCUGAAAUUGAAGAUGUUAAAAUAGUUGAUGAAACUGCCAGCGAAGAAUCAUCUAAGAAAAGGAAAAGGAGCAAACCUGAAAUAGAAGUACAAGAACUUGAAGAAGACACCAAAAGUCCUCCAGCAGCAGACGACGAUAAACAAAAUCAAGAGCCUCCUCUGAAAAAGAGAAAAAAAUCAAAGAAAACCAAAGACGAAUUGGUCGAAGAAGAAUUGCUGACAAAAGAUGAGGAAAUACCUGAAAUAAAAAAAACUAAAAAAAAGAAAACAAAGGACUCUAAUGAAGAUACUUUGUCAGUAGCGGAAGAUUGCCCCACGGAGGAAACAGAAGUGAAAUCUAAGAAGAAAAAGAAAAAAUCCAAAAAUGAAGACAAAACAAAUGGUGAUGUUCUACCGACCGAUUCGGUAAGUGCUGCUAUAAGCUCCGGCGAUAUAAGCGAUUCAUCAUCUACAGAACCGGAAGUUGAUGAUUAUCUAGCCAAGCAAAAGUUACAAGAAGAACUUAAAUCAUUUGAUAUUAUUAAAAUCUCUUCAUUUUGUGCAGAACAAUUUCAACUCUUAAACAUGAGUGCCUUUACAAAUGCCACAUUGCAUCAGAUACCUGGAUACGGUUGCAGUGACAAUCUUCAAUUGGAGGUGGAAGAUAAUGAAUUCGAUCGAGAACGUCUAAUAAAUCUUUGGAAUAAUACUAGCUCAACAUUGUAUAAGAAAACAAAACGCGCCUAUCCCAAUAUGGUUAAUUCGACCACAGUACGAGCUGUAAAGAAAAGAACUGUCUUUGCGGCCGUAUAGAUUGGCCUUUUCAUUUUAAGCAAACAAAAUAAUUUUUAAUUAAUUUUUUUCGUUUUGUACAUAAACAGCUUAAUUAGUUUUUUUAUAUAUAUAUAUAUUUUUUAGUGGCUUAGUUAUUUUAAUGUAACUGUAACAAUUAAUAAUAGUAAUAAUAAAGAUUUCAAUGAACUUAAAUUCUGCAUUUUGGGCGACUCACAAGCUUCAGUCUUGUU